UAGAGGCUCUCACGCUUUUCAAAAGGCGUCUCAUCUAAGACUUGCUAGAACCAACCUGACUAAAGGAGCCAACGUCAUACCCACCUUGCACCUGGAAUAGAUCUGACUGUCCGAAGGAUGAAGGACAAAAACACUUUGUGCUAAGGUGGACUUUAUUCACACUCCUGAGUGGGAUAUUAUUUGGCACUCACUCCUGAGUCCUGCCGUUUGGAGUGACUGCCUUUGGAAAUGAUUCCUGGGAUCUGAACACAGGAACUGGGUGUCUGUACUAGGCUUGCCAUUUGCCGGAGCAAGUUACUCUUGUUUGGAUCCAGUGCUGCAGUACACUGCAUUUGAAUUAGGACAAGUUGUGCAGUGUUAAGUGUUUUCCUCGGGGUGCUCAGGCGGUGAAAAUAGAGAUCAGGCCACCUUUCUGUAGCCUUCUGCGGGUCUAAAGGAGUUCUUGAUCAGAAUGGCUUCAGGAUGGUUCUACCUGUCCUGCAUGGUGCUGGGAUCCCUGGGAUCCAUGUGCAUCCUCUUCACUACAUAUUGGAUGCAGUACUGGCGCGGUGGCUUUGCCUGGGAUGGUACUGUGUGCAUGUUUAACUGGCACCCCGUGCUCAUGGUUUCCGGCAUGGUGGUGCUCUAUGGAGCUGCCUCUCUGGUGUACCGACUGCCUUCAUCGUGGGCGGGGCCCAGGCUGCCCUGGAAAGUUCUCCACGCAGCACUGCACCUGCUGGCCUUCGCCUUCUCUGUUCUGGGGCUGGUUGCCGUCUUUCGGUUUCACAGCCAUUCGAACAUCACACACCUCUACUCCCUGCAUAGCUGGCUGGGCAUCAUCACUGUCACCCUCUUCGCCUUCCAGUGGUUCCUGGGCUUUGCCGUCUUUCUCCUGCCCUGGGCAUCCCAGUGGCUGCGAAGCCUCCUGAAACCUGUGCAUAUCUUCUUUGGAGCCUGCAUCCUUUCCCUGUCCAUCACAUCUGUUAUUUCCGGCAUCAAUGAGAAGCUUUUCUUUGUUUUGAAAAAUGCCACCAAGCCCUACUCCAGCCUGCCUGGUGAGGCUGUCUUUGCCAACAGCACAGGACUCUUGGUGGUGACUUUUGGCUUGCUGGUUCUUUAUGUUCUUCUGGCUUCAUCAUGGAAGCGUCCAGAUUCAGGAGCUCUGACUGAUAGACAGCCCCUGUUGCAUGACAGGGAAUGAAGCGUGCGGGGGCUCCUGGGAACAGUCGGCACCGCAGUCUCUGCUUCCUGAGAAGCUCUGCUGUAUGGGGCUCCUGGCUGGUUUCAGCAACAGACUCUCUUAGGCCAAAGACCAAACUUGCUACUCCAGUUCCAGGCUUGCUCUCUCCAGCCACUUGCUGUUCAUCUGCUUUUCUUGAUGGCUUUGACUUGUUGCGAUUUUUUUCAGGUCUUCCAUUUGCACAAGGACCUCCUGGCCUUGGUCACUCCAGUCUCUUCUGCUGGUCUGCAGAUUUCGGGCUGCUUUCUUUCCCACUCCUUGGGAUGUGGUAGAAGCCUUACCACUCCUAGGGAUGUGGGGUUCAAAUGUAGUCUACAUGUAUAAAAUCUAAAGUCUGCUCUCUGUGGGAGCAUUUGUCUCAGUUACACAGGCUUCCUCCUCCUCUGCUUGUCCUGGAUGUUCAUUUGGGUGGGCAGUGGCAGCCGGAGAAGCCUUUGGUUUAAAGUCAGGGCCUGAUACUCUGCUCUUCUCACUUUGAUGCACUGUAUUGUGUUUAUUGUGACCGUGUGAUUCUCCCUCUUCCAGUUGCUGCUCCAGCUGCUUCCUGGAUCCCGCCCUUUCCCUGUGACUUACAUGCCUGUCCCCCUCAGGUAGCCCUACAAGCCCUGUUAAACAGUUCUCCCAAGAACAGAUGUCCUGUCCCUAGUGAUAAGUGAGACACUUUUGGCCUUCCUUUUCUGUCCCCUUGUGAGUGUGGGCUUUCCUGCGGCCUCCAGCUAUUCUCUCCCCUGACAGGGCCCCAGCCCACAAUGAAAUUGAAAGCAGCAUGAUGAAGCAAUUUGCUGGGCAGAGUUCUGGGAGCCAUUCACUGCUGCUGCUUUCAGAGGUGUUCCUUAUUGAGUAGUGGGUGCUUCUGUUCCCCGAAAGGUCACCCAGCUACCUGCCAUGGUAUACCAGAAUGUGAGCUUUGUUCUUCUGAAUAGAACUGGGUAGAGAGGGAGGAGUCUUGCCCCAUUCCUUUGUGUUAGCCUGUGGCACUUCAUGCCUUCAUAGACAUGUCCUGCCAGGUCCCUCAGCAGGCAGGUUGAAAGAGUUGGGUUCCUGCACUCUCUGCAGAUAGUGACCAGGCUGAACUUGAACCAGGCUGCCAGGAGUUGGGAGGCGGGCUGGCCUGGACUUACUAAGUGAAGCCUGAGCAGCACUGGGAUGACUGCUUAGCACCCGCACCAACGUCCUCCUGCUUCACUCAUGAAGGGGGUAUUUUACUUCAUGAAUCUGAUUUUUAUUAAAUGUGUUUUUAAACAUGAAA